AUGCCGCCGACGGAGGCUGUGGAAACAGCUUUAGGAAGCGUCAGAUCUCAGUUUUUGGUAAACUUGCUCAAGUCAUGCAACAGGCAGCGCAAACUUGCACGGCAAUGGGCCAUGAACUCAAUCGGCUCCGGAAACAGCUUUGGCAAGCGUCAGGGCAAUGGAAACGGAGACGCAAACCUUUUGGAGAAUCCGAAUGGCAACCGCAUGUGCUCUGGAAACAGUUUCGGCAAGCCCCUCAGCCAACGGAAACAGCAAUGGGAACUUGUUAGGCACUUUUAA